GAACAUGGUUAUGAAGACCAGCUGCUGAAUCUGGCAUUACUCGGCCGUCCUGAAGACAUGAUGGAAGCAGCUCGCUACUACGAACAGAAACAAGGGUCUGAGGACAAGGCUGUCAUGCUGUAUCAUAAGGCAGGAAACUUCUCCAAAGCAUUGGAUCUGUCCUUCCGAUCCAAGCAGUUUGGAGCUUUGCAGAUGAUUUCUGGGGACUUGGACGAGCGAGCAGAUCCUGAGUUAUUGCAGAGAUGUGGUGACUUUUUCAUGGACAAUGGUCAAUAUGAUAAGGCUGUGGAUCUCCUCGCCAUCGGCAAAAAGUACUGGGAAGCUCUGAAGAUUUGUAUGGACCAGCAUGUGGAGAUAACUGAAGACCUGGCCGAGAAACUCACUCCGAACAAGGACGACAUGGGCAUUGAUACAAUGGAGCGGGUAAAGAUCCUGGAGGCCAUCGCUGAGGUGUGCAUGCAUCAAGGCCAGUACCACCUCGCUACAAAGAAGUUUACUCAGGCUGGUAACAAGAUCAAGGCUAUGAAAGCGUUGCUGAAAUCUGGAGACACCGAGAAGAUUACGUUUUUUGCUGGUGUAUCACGGCAGAAGGAGAUUUAUGUAAUGGCCGCCAAUUAUCUUCAGUCUCUGGAUUGGAGGAAAGACCCAGAAAUCAUGAAGAAUAUUAUCGGCUUCUAUACUAAAGGAAGAGCACUGGAUUCUUUAGCAGCAUUUUACGAUGCUUGUGCUCAG